AUGGAAGAAGCAGGGGAUUUUCGUAAAAUGAAUUACGAUAUCUCUAAGUAUAACAGGUCCAAAACGGGAGGGAAAGAGGAACUAAGUGCUUGUAUAGUGGAUAUCCAAUUUAUAAAACGACAGAAAAAAAGCAAGGGUUAUGAUAUAGGCAAGAAAGUCAAUGGUGGAAAGAGGCAUAUAAUCACAGCAUUUGUGCUUGUUUGCUAUGUCGGAGCUGCCAAUGAGAGCGACAGAGAUAGUAUAAAAAUAGCAUUAGAUAACAUGAAGAAAAAAAUAUAA